AUUCUUAUUAUAAAUCUAAUAUUCUUUGCCCACUUGAAACACUUAGUAAUUUGGAAAAAAGAUAUCGAAUCAAACAAAUUGGUGAAAAAGUAAAUAAUUUUAUAGAUGAUGAAACAACACAUUUAUAUCAUAAAGAUCAAAUUCAAAUAAAAUCGCUUACUUUGUCAGUUGAUAGUCAAGAUUGGAUAGUAGAUUAUUCAAAAAAUAAUCCAUUAGAAAAAUUAAAAAGACAAGCACAUGUUCGUGCAAUAGAUCAUAACUAUAUUUCACGAAAUGCAUUUCGGUCUAUAGCAAAAAUUUCUUCAGAAUUAGAUCAAAAAUAUACAAUUACUAUAUUUGCGACAAGUAAUGAUAAAAUUCAUAUUGAUAAUGAAGAGGUAAUUUAUGGUAUAAGCGAAUCAAUUGGAAAAGCUAGACGUCAAAUAAAACAUGUUAUGAUAACAUGUUUAAUUCUUAAUGAUAUUAAUAAUCUUCAAAUAUCUGAACGACAUUAUACUAUAGUUUUAUACCCUGGUAUUGAAGAUUAUCAAAUUUUACAAAAAGUUUUAAUGCUAUUAAUUCAAGACUUACAAGAUAUUUCACAUAAUGGAAUUGUUGAUGA